AUGGCCGCUGGACGAGCGGCGGCCAUGGUGGUGGCGUCGGCGGCGGUGCUGCUGCUCGCGGGCGGUGCGUACGCGGACUGCUACGACGACUGCUUCAACGACUGCAUGUCCAGGAUGAACAAGCGAGACUACUGCAGCUACGCCUGCGACAAGGUCUGCUCGCCUGAUGCUGAUGCCACGCUCCACCAGCGUCCCCUCGCCGUCAUGGCGGGGCCAGCAGCGUUGGCCGACCACCACCCGUUGGACAAGAAGCAGCAGGACGCUGCUGUCCGGCCGGUGGCGUUGCCCGACCACCCCUUCCACGAGACGCACGGCGCCGUCGAGCCGGCAGGGGAGCCGGAUCCAGGCCACGUCGUCCGUCCGGCACGUGUCCCCGUCCUCCCCUGA